UUGAAAUUUGAAAGCCAAGCUUAAUAUUUUCUUUUAGCGUAAAACCAAUAGGAAAAAGAAAAGAAAGAAUUGAUAACUGAUCCCUUCGAUUCCAAUGGCAACCAAGAGCUUGCCGUCGCAUUGUUCAAAGCGGGUGUGCCUUUGCUCUCCGACCAACCAUCCCGGGUCUUUCAGGUGCAGCCUCCAUAGGAGUUCGGGCAAAGUUUCAAGCAAAUCGGUGGCGUCGGCGCCCUAUGUUAAUAGACAGAAAGAGGAUCAGUCGAAGUCCGCCAUGAUGAUGAUGAUGAUGUCAACUGUAUCAUCGUCGUCGUCAAAAUCAAGCCUGAUCAAAGCCUUCCUGAUGCAGAUCAUUAGCCCUUCGAGCCACGGUCUUCAAAGGAGGCGGAAUUUCCAUCCCAAACCCUCCAGGUUUAGUUCACUCCACAGCUCUGCUAAUGGAGUGGCUGUUUCUUGACAUCAUUUAGCUCUUAAAUUCUGAAUUUUUCCUUCUUUUAUGUGUAUAAGAGAUUUUAGAAACUUUAAAACGGACAUGGAUUAUCAAGGGGAGUAGCGAUGAAUUUCGGAUUUUGUUUAAA